GUUAUUUGCGCGUAUCCUCCUCAGGCGUCGUCGCGAAUCGACGUCCAAUGUGUUAACGCGUCUUCUUUGCGAACGUGACAAAUGAUUUAAAUUCAAAAACAAUCGAACCGUCAUCGCCUAUAACGAAGAAUCUGUCGUCGACCAAUAUAAUUAAAACUGAUGGUGGCCGCGCGUGUGAAAAUCCGAUCAUGGCGGUCGCAAAAUGGAUUUUAACCGAGACGGCGUCGGAAGUAUCAGGGUGAAUCGGAAGUGUUUUAUCGUGACAACGAUGUUGUUGACGUUUCGAAUGUUGAUGGUGUUGACUUUGACGAUGGUCGCGGGUUCAGAAGAUUCGCUGGUACACAUCCUGAAGGGUAUUUGUCCGGUGGGCUACUUUCAGUGCGUUAAUGACACCAUUUGUGUACCCCAGAACAACCAGUGCAACGGUCAAAACGACUGCCCCUCUGCCAGUGACGAACUCGACUGCGAUGACAAGUUUGACAACGAGUACUACGACCACCUGUAUAGAAAAAACCCGAUAGCGGAACAUGACGAUUUCAAUCAAACGUGUGGCCUGUCGUAUAAAGGAGCUUGUCUCUGCAGAGCGCGGGACUUGCUGUGUCAUCACCUGCAGUACUCCAAGGCCCCUGGGGAUCUACCCCGGGAAUUCAUCGACAUAUUGGAUUUUCACGGGAACAACUUCACCGUGCUCAGCGGGGAUUCCCUGGAGACCGUCCCGGAUAACGUAAAUAAAUUAAGCCUGGUUCACUGCAACGUCGGCCAAAUAACACCCGGGGCAUUUUUCCUGCUGCGCAGCCUUCGGUAUUUACAUUUAUCCAACAACCAUCUCAAGACUAUUCCACCGAACAUUUUCCCACCAGAAAACCAUCUGAUGACGUUGUCUUUGAUGCACAACGCCAUCGUCUCGAUUCAUCCAGAUGCGUUCGUCAAUUUGAAGUACCUGAUCGAACUCGACCUGAGGGGAAAUCAGAUCGAGAAAGUCGACGGCAAAGUUUUCAUCAAUCUGCAAAGUUUGGCGAUACUAUAUCUGCAAAACAACCGGAUUAAAUAUCUGCCAACGGAUGUGUUUCCACCGCUGCCCGUGUAUCAGAUAUCGCUGGCAGAUAACAAGAUCACCGUGAUUGAAGAGGGCGCGUUUUCCAAUCUGGCCUCCCUGAAGAGUUUAUACAUUUCCAACAACCGCCUUGAGCACAUCAGCAAUGGAACUUUCAAGAACCUGACGAACCUAGAAGGACUAACUCUCAACGACAACGUGAUCGAUUCGAUCGAAGCUGGAGCGUUUCAAGACGUGCCACGGUUAACUUCGUUGAAACUGGAAAGAAACCGGUUCAGAUCGGUGGACAAGGCCGUGUUGGCACCGCUGAAAAACUUGCACAACAUAUACUUCGACCGUUUCGAGAUGUGUUCAUUCGCUGCCCACGUCAGGGUCUGUCAGCCCCACGGGGACGGCAUCUCCAGCCACGAGCAUUUGCUCGACAACAUCAUCUUGAGGACUUGCGUAUGGGUAAUAGGCGCGGUAGGCCUCGCGGGCAAUCUGCUGGUACUGCUCGGUCGGAUGUUCGCACCAGCCAACAACGUAGUGCAUUCCCUCUACCUCAGGAACCUCGCAUUGUCCGACUUGCUGAUGGGAGUGUACUUAUUCAUUAUAGCGUCUGCAGAUACGAAUUACCGAGGCGUCUACCUACGUUACCAGUACCUGUGGCGUCACAGUUACGUGUGCAAUAUAUGCGGUUUUUUGAGCACCCUCUCGUGCGAAUCGUCCGUCCUGAUACUCGCGCUCGUCACGUGGGACCGGUUCAUUUCCGUCACGCAGCCACUGGCGCGCAAACAACCGUCACCGCGCGCAGCCGCCUUGACACUGCUGGCUCUGUGGUCUGUGGCCGUGUUGAUCGCGAUCUUUCCGAUCGGCGGCUUCGCCAGGGCCUACUUCGGCGACGAAUUUUACGGCAACAACGGCGUGUGUCUUUCUCUGCAUAUCCACGAACCGUACGCGAAGGGCUGGGAAUAUUCGGCGGUGAUGUUUAUCAUGGUCAACGCGAUGGCGCUGGUGUUCAUAUCGUACGCCUACCUGCGUAUGAUUCAAGAAAUCCGUGCCAGCGGCGUCGCCUGCCGGUCGACGAGACAGAGCCGAGAUCGAGACAAAGUCGCUCAACGUUUCGGCAUAAUCGUUUUAACUGAUUGCCUCUGUUGGGUCCCCGUUAUCGUAGUAAAACUAGUGGCACUUGCCGGUGUGCCCAUUCCGGAAAAAUUGUAUGCUUGGCUGGCCAUUUUUAUUUUGCCAAUUAAUUCGGCGUUGAAUCCGGUGCUAUAUACGCUGAUGACAACCGUAUUUAAAAAACAGUUGAGGAAGUUGGUCAACUCCUGCGUACACAAGAGCAAACCGGAAAACAUGCCCCAGUCGGCUUCAGAAUCCGGAUUCAGUUUGAGUUUCGGUAUGUUCCCGCUAAGCGGCAGCACCAAGCGCGGCCUCACGAAUAGGGUAAUGAAAUUUCUACGGUUUCGGAAUUCUUUAUCAUUAUGGUACACAGAGCAGCCUUACCACAAGCAAGAACAGCUGGAAGAGGUCGACUCCAGUGUAAAGACAGGUAGUAUCAACGAAUUACUUUUCAACAAAAUUUGUUAAAAAAAAUCGAGUCGGCUUUGACACAUUUUUUAGUUCAGGCCUCUUGCCCAUCGAAGAACACAACGAUACAGUUGUGUUGUUAAAGACUGUUCUUUAUGAAAUAAAAAUAAGGGGGAAAUACGUUUUUAGGUAACUAGUUAUCGUCUUCAUUAUUGUAUUUCAGUUUUGUAAAAUUGUAAUUAAGCAAAAUCGAAUUUUGUACAAAUAUUUGUAAAGUGAAUGGCCGUGGUUAUGAUGUUUAAAACGCUACAUAUUUUAAUAAUUUUAUGUCAAUUAUCAAUUAAUAUUUUUGUAAUACAGAAAUACUCAAACAAUUGAUGUCUGGUGGGAAAUCUUAGUGUAAGAAUAUUUGUUAUUCGAUGUCGAAAUAAGUAACUGUCUGUGAUUUUUUAGAUAAGAAUUUAACUAUAAAUAAAGCGCAUGAUGACAUAAACGUAAUAGGGUGAAUAAUGUAGACGAAUUAAAAUGAUGUUUGCCUGGUUAUUUGCCUAAUAAUUUUAAUCUUAUAAAAAAAUUAUUAAUUUUUACCGAAAUGUACGUUUUCAAUUUAUUGGCAACGUGUUCUUGGUGUGGUGUUUAAUUUUUAGAGCAAA